ACACUUUAAACUACAUGCUGUGCUUUUCACAGCACUGCCCCAGGCUCCAGUCCUAGUGGCUCCCUGUUCAGAGAGUUGCCAUCACGGUGAUGCACGGUGUGGGGAAGGUAGGUGAGAAAACCUGCUAGCAAGAACUGUGGAAGGGGGUCCAGUUCCGGCCAUCUCCUGCAAGGGCCACCUCUUCUUGCAGGCUUUUUGAGGGCUUUGAGUGUUGUCCUGCCCUAGUUGUAUAAAGUAAAAAGGCCUGUAAAGCACUGCUUUAGAAGGCCAGGCUCACUGAAGGCCUGAGCCCCUUCCAUCCCAAAGUUUUAUGUUCCCACCCUUGCUGCCCAUCGUCCAUCACCAAUCAUUCCUAUUUCCAACUACCAUGCCCAACUAUCCUUAAAGGCACACUGAGCACUACUUUAAAGGGACGCAGCGAGAGACGAGUUUCCCACCCAAGAUUCCUGUCUGUCUGGCCUUUGGCCCACACAGAAGACACGGCUUUGGCUAAAGGAACAUGCAGCAACCCACACUCCUCUAUUACAGCACGAGUCCAGCUUCACAGCUUCCAACCCAUCUGUCAAAGCCACAAUACCCGAGUCCUAAUGAAUGUAGGAGGAAUAUUCUAAAAAAGUUUGUGGGUGGGUCGGAAGAAACCACGCACACCAUGAACUGUGGAUGAGGCGACCCCCAGCUUCCUGGCCCUCCCGUGCAAUUCACCGUGCUUCACUUGUGACGUCACGAACGCCAAACUCUGGCAGGCGUGGGAUGCCCUCGCCCGCCCCAGAAGCCAGAGGCGUCACUGCGCCUUUCCACACCACCAGCCGAGGAAGAGAGAGGGCGGGGACCUGGCAGCAGCUAGGCUGCAAGACUGGGAGCCAGGAGAGCAGGGCGCCUCCCCGCCUUCGCUGCGGUGACCUCCGAGAUCCUCCCAAGCGCUCGCCCUCCGGCUGCGUCCGCCCCAGGACUCCGGCGCCGAGUCCCGCGCGACCACCUCCUAGAGUUGGCACUCCCUUCCUCCUCGCUUGCCCCUCCUCCGCCUCUUCCGUUUCUCAGGGAAAAGCUGUAGCCUCCUUCUGGGCUCCACAUCCCCGCUUAGGUAAUCCUCUUUCCUGCUUACGCCACCCCUCCCCCGUGUCCCCGCGCCAGCGUCUCCUCCUCUGCGCAUCUGGGUCCCGGCGAGCGGCGCGCGCUCCAUCGCCUCCGGGGAGGGCAGGCUCUGUGCUACUGCCUUUCCAGAUAACCUCAUAUGCUCUUCAGACAGCACUGCCAGCCGAGAGCCAGAGGGUGGGUGAGGCUUCAGAAAUGUCAGACAUCCUCAAGGAACUGCUCCGUGUCUCCGAGAAGGCUGCUAACAUCGCCCGGGCAUGCCGGCAGCAGGAAACCCUAUUCCAGCUGCUCAUCCAGGAGAAGAAAGAUGAGGAGAAAAACAAGAAGUUUGCAACAGAUUUCAAGACCCUGGCGGAUGUGCUGGUGCAGGAAGUUAUAAAACAGAACAUGGAGAAUAAGGUAAGAGGUCAGGGCCAAAGUGGCUGUGAGACUCUUGCCUCCGAGGCUCUGUUCCCUUCGCAAUAAACAGCAGGCCUUAUUACUGAGCCUCAGAAUAUCUUGGACUCAAACAAACAUCUUUUGGCCCUUAUUUUUAUUACAGUAUUAAGAAAAUGGUCUUUGCAGUAAACCAAAUGAGGUAUAGAAAAACAAACAAAAUGAGGACACUCAGAAUUCUAACAUGAGUACAUAGUAUUGACUCUUAUUUAUUGAUGAGUUUCUUGUUAAUAAGUAAUGUUCUCUGUGACAGAGCACAACAAUCAAGGUCUCUCCCAAGCCCACUGUUAGACAGAAUCUACAUGCUGCCGAGGAUUUCUGAAGUCUCUUUGUUCACCACCUGUCUCACUGGCUUUAGCUUGUUAGUCCCAGCUUAUCAACUUAACCAUUUGUCUAAUGCUUGCCUUGGUUAUGGGUUUGGAAGUGGGUAAAGUCUCCCUUUAUUGUACUAGAAAUAUAUGGUCAUGAUAGACAGUGACAGUGAUUCUCUGUGUGGAAAUGACUAGUAAAAGCCAAUAUUCUGAACUGGUAACAGUAAUACCAGCAGAAACAUACAAGUGCUUACUGUGUACCCGGCUUUAUGAAUUCUAACUUGUGAACCCUGUAACAAUUUUGUACAUAAAAGCUGCUAUUCCAGUGUGAAUUGGGUGUCAGAGAGCUUGAAUAUGCCCAAAAUUACGCAGCACAGCAUGACAGCUCGAGUUCUUGAACAUGGGAAAUGGUUCUCAAGUUUGUGACAUUGGGGGUUCUGUUGCCUUUUAUAUGAUUCCUCCUCUUCCCCCUUUUUUUAAUUUGGAAGGAUGGAACUUUAUGACAGAAGAAAAACCACUUUAAUAUUUUUAAUGAAUGUUUAGAUUUGAGGACCGCUUUAGAGUCAAGUAAAAUCUUGACCACAGGCAUGAGAAGAGAAUAAAUAAAUUACAUAAAAUCUCUACAGACUAUAUAUUUUUUUUCAUGACCUUUACUACCUGGCUUUGGCAAGCUAAAUGAAGGAAGCUUGUUUUCUGUUGCUGAUGGAGACAGUUGGAUGCAAGGGCCAACUAAGCAACUGGAUUGGAUAUGUUUCUAUCACUUUUAUGGGUUAAUAUGUGCC